AUGGUUGCUGGGUAUGGGUGGCCCUAUGCUGUGUGGGCGGCGGUUCGUAACAAUAUACAGAUUGCCGGGUCAGGUAGGAGAUCGUCCCACCUUGGUGAUUCUUCCAAUGAAGGUGUGGCAUUAGUCAAAAUUCUAUUGAUAUGCUUCAUUGCUGAGCAUAACUUGCCUUUCACCAUUGUGGAUCACAUGAUUAACCUAUGCAAGGUAAUGUUUCCUGAUUCGGCCAUUGCGCAGGGUAUGUCCAUGAAGAAGACAAAAUGCACUGAUUUAACAAGAAAGCUGAGUAAAUGUGUUACUGCUGAAUUAGUUAACAAAUUGAAACAGCACAAGUUUUCAGUCAUUGUAGACAAGUCAACGGAUGUCGGCACAACUAAAUGUCUCACAGUUCUUGUUAAAUAUUAUGAUCCUGACACAAAGGUUAUUCAAACUGGAAUAUUGGAACUGAUUGAUAUGUAUGAUGACAACAAGGAAUGUGUAGGCUCAACCGGGGAAAACCUUUUUGAAUUAUUAAUGAAAACAUUUACCUCUCAUGAAAUUCCUUUGGAUAAUUUUGUUGGGUUUGCUGCAGAUGGGGCUGCAAAUAUCAUGGGGGAACGUAAUUCCCUUAGCAGCCGAUUAAGGGACGCAAUGCCAGGGAUCACAAUAUUCAAAUGUAUUUGCCACAGUAUUCACUUGUGUGCUUCAGAGGCUGCCAAAACUUUACCAAGACAUUGUGAAACGAAGCAUAGUUUCAAACAGGCCCAACAAUUCCUUGAAUUAAAACCCCAUAAAAUAUUGCAUGCAUGCCAGACCAGGUGGCUUUCCCUUCAUCAGGCAGUUGACCGAAUUCUAGAACAGUGGGAGGCAUUGAAAUUGUAUUUCAAAAAUAAUAUAGCAGAGGAGAGGUUGAAGUCGGUGGAGUACAUUUUAAAAGAUCUGAAUGACCCAUCUGUAUUCCUGUACUUAAAUUUUUUAAAUUUCAUACUCCCAUCUUUCUCAAGGUUGAACCUCAUGUUUCAACGGGACGGUCCAACUAUCGAUUUGCUCUAGGACCAGCUGUGCACGGCCUUCUUCAGACAGAAGUAUACCUUCAAAAUCAAGGUAUGGUUAUAGAUGUCCAAUCACGCUGUCGUGAAUUCAUGAUAACC